AUGGCCACUCGGCAACAGCAGCGAAUGGUCGUUCGAAGGGCUGAGAGCUGCACCGCGGAGAGAGAAUUACGUGGUGGCGUGAGUGGAACUUUGCCCACUGUCGCAUAUAACUCCGGGUCUGAUGGCCACCAAAGCUUUUUUGCCGUGACCUGUACUGUUCGACCGGCGGCCUCAAGAGCGGGAUCGUCGACUUCCCCUAUCGUCAUGACGAUUUCUGGGACGACCCUUUACUGCAUUGUUAUCUGCUGCUUGGUGGAGGAAACCAAUUACGCGAGGGCCGCUUGCAUCACGAAAUGGGUCAAGACUUGA